AUGGAUUUCUUCAAUUUCGACAACGUCAAAGCAGAGAAAGCAGGCGCUAUGUUAUGGUAUAAUCACCUUCGAUGCUUAACUAAGCUUUUUCGUUUACUUGAGUUCUGCCUUGCUUUGGUGUUUGUUUCUUGGCUUUCCAAUCGCCUUCCGUUUGCCUUUAAAAUAUCCGGUGAGUUUUUCCGGAAAAUAGCUGGAGUAAUUGCCAGUCCAAUUUUUGUUUUCAUGCUCUGUAACUCCAUCAUCGCUGCUCUCAUCUUCAAAUCUCGCAGAUUCUCCGGCGAGAAUCCUGCUGCAGAUAAUGCUGAAACUGAGCUUUACGAGGAAUUGCUUAAAAAGAACGAAAAUCGCUGUUCUGAGCCAUUGUCAGAGAAUCCAUCUCCUUCUCCUUAUCUUCCAUUUCACGCAACUGAACAGAUAGAGUUCCAAGACAAAGAGGUUAUCAUAUCUGAAGUUAAUGCUUUCUCUCAAACCGGAGAAGGAGAUAAUGAUACUGUCGAAUUCCAUUUGUCGUCAUUUUCCGGUUCAGAUUUAGAAUCAGAUUCCGAUACUCCGAGAGUUUAUCGGAGGUCAAAAUCGGAAAAGCUAGACAGAAAGUUAUCGGAAAAGGACAGUAUGAAUAAACUACAGCGAUCGGAGACGGAGAAGUACAUUAAUGCGGUAAAGUCUUCAACUACCGACGCCGGCGAAGGUUUGACUCUAGAAAAUGAAUUGAGUGACGAGGAGUUUCAGCGAGCAGUAGAUGAGUUUAUUGCCAAGCAUUUGAGGUUUCGUCGUCAAGAGUCUUUGUCUACUGUUCUUCAAAAUCAGAAUUCAGUCCCUGAAGUUGAGAAAAUUUGA